UAGGGCGGACAAUAGACUAAUUGCAUCAAAUUGAAAUUGCAUCGAUUUUUCCGAUUUAUCUGUGGGGGAACGGGAAGAUAUUUGCAUUUGAUUUGUGUCCAUAAAAGUGGCUCUAAUGUAAUUUGACCCAAAUUGAAUCCGCCAUGUUGCACACAUACGCACCUCCGCCACAAACCGCAGCAACAGUUGCCACUGUCGAGGUGGGCCAGCAACUGUUGCCGCUGCAGGGACUACGAGUACAUGCAACAAAUGGCAGUCAAGACGAUCUUAACUUCACCUCCUUCGGGGAGCUGUGUCGCCUGUGCGUCAUCCACCAGGGACCGGCCAAGAUCAACCUGUUCGAGGGGGAGGCCGUGCAGCGCCAGCUGCUCCACAAGCUCCGCAGCCUGCUGCAGGCGCGCGUCUCCGAGGAGGACCUCAUGCCCCAGUACAUCUGCGAGCGGUGCCUGGCCAGGCUGGAGCACCUUCACGAGUGGCGCGAGAUCUGCCGCAGCAACGAGCAGACGCUGCGGAAGUAUGCCCACGCCAUGCGUACAGCUAGAAGCACGCUACACUUUCAGGACGGCGCCGUUAACAUGGACAAGAUGACGGUGGCCCAGAAGAACGCAUAUCUAGAGGCCCAUAUGGCCGUACAGCAGCAGAUGGCCCAGGCGGCCAUCCAGUUCAAGCAGCAGCAAUCCUCCCAGCAGCAGAACUCCCCCUCGGCCAACAACAAUAAUCAGAAUAACGGCAUGCAACAGCAGCAGCAGCAGCAACAGCAUUACGCGGCCACCAUCAAGGUGCCACAGAUAAGUUCCUCGAGUGCGGCCGCCGCCGCGGCAGGCGGGGAGAGCACCUUCACGGUGCCGGAUGACGGGAUGGGCUUCGAGGGGGGCGUCCGUGUGCUGCAGAGCCUGGGCACCUGGUCGGCGGCGGAGCAGCUCACCUACAACAUACCCAAGCCGAACCUCAUACCAUUCACCGAGCCGUAUGUCGAAGGCGGUUCCAUGCAUCCGGCCAGCCGGCUCAAGGCGCUGCAGCAGGUGCAGCAGGCCUCCUCCGGCGUUCGCAAGACAAAUCCCUCGAAGUCCACCAAUAAGGCGUUCGAGUGCACGGUCUGCGGCAAGGGCCUGGCCCGCAAGGACAAACUCACCAUCCACAUGCGCAUCCACACCGGCGAGAAGCCCUAUAUUUGUGAAGUGUGCAACAAGGCGUUCGCGCGGCGGGACAAGCUGGUUAUCCACAUGAAUAAGUUCAAGCACGUGACCCCCACAAACAUCGCGCCGCUGGGCAAGCGGCUGAACAACAUGGUGAAGAAGAAGGAGCAGCCAGACCCGCCGCCGGAGGACAACAAGCAGAGCUUGGAGCUGCAGCUGCAGCAGCAGGCCGUGCAGGUGGCCGCCCAGAAUAUAAUUGUGCAGUCGGCCCAGGGGGCGCCGACGGCCAUUCCCGGCAUCAUCAUACCGCACCACGGCCAGCAGCAGCUCUCGUGGACCUGCGAGCUCUGCGGGCGGAUGUUCUCGAGCCGGGACGAGUGGUCCAUCCAUGCCAAGAGUCAUCUGGAGUAUUGACAACCGGAACGGGUAGUCGUAGAGUCAACAAAACCAGCGGCAGCGGCGGCGGCGGCCGGAGUAAUUGCUAAGGGAAAUCGUGGCUACCAGAUGGACGCCAACCAAAACCAAGUCCAGAUGGAGGCCCAUGCACACGCACGCAAGCAGAAGAUAAUCAUACAAAAUCAAAUGAUCCUCAAUGCCAGCCAUCAGCAGAAUCAGCAGCAACAACAACAGCAGCAGCAACACCACCAGCAGCAGCAGCAGCAGCAACAGCAGCAACACCAACAGCAACAUCAACAACAGCAGCAACAGCAGCAGCAGCAGCAUCAGCAGAUUCACCAUCAUGUUGCACAUGGGAAGAAGGCGGCCAGAAAGCAUCAGCAGCAGCAACAGCAGCAGCAGCAACAACAGCACUUGCAGCAGGCCCCAACCAGUGCGCCUAUGUACAAUACCAGUAGCAGUAGCAAUCAGAACCACAACCAGAACCACAGCCACAGUCACAGUCACAACCAGAACGGAGGAGGCGGCGGCAGCAACGGCACACAGCAGGGCCAAGAAGUGUCGGUGCCGGUGUCGCACAUCAUUGCCAAUUCUCCGACGGCGGCCACCUACAUGCAGGCCCAGCUGAGCGGUCUGCAUGCCACGAACAGCAUCGAGACCGGCAAUAUGAGCGGCAUGCCCAUCGUCACCUACAACGGCAAUCAGUACUGCGUCAUCACCAGGGCACCCGAGGAGCAAAAGUCCCUCGAAUAUGGACAGGGCGGGGAUCCGGCCGCCGCUGGAGGCACCACCAACAUAAUUGUAAUGUCGCCAAUGCAACUGCUGCCGCAGCAGCAACAGCAACAGCAGCAGCAACAACAGCAGCAGCAGCAGCAAUAAACGGAAUGAGGCAGGGCCGGGCACGGUUUCCAUAGAGUUAAUGGCGACUCAUAACUGGAGAAAGGCUCAUUGGACCCCCAAGGGGAAAGUGUCGAAUCCAUGGCCAGCUCACAGCCCCAUUUGCGUUUCCUGCCAGCCAUUUAGCCAUUUCCUUCACAAAUACCAAUUGUAAAUAGAGUCGAACCUAAGUAUAUGUUUAACAAUAACAAAACAAGUAGAAGGAAAGCAGCCGCAGGAGAGAAGUUUUGUAAAUGUCAGAGUUAGACCCCAAACCACUCCACGACGCCACUACCCAGCAGAGCAGAGUCCACACACACACUCCAGUCAGUUGAAAUCAAAUCAAAAAUGUAUACAGCCUCACUUGAGAGUAGUCUAAGUAACCUUACAUAUCCCCCACCACCCACAUACCGUACCCAUAAGGCAGCCACCACUGAGAUAAAUAUCAUUUUGAUCCACAAGCAGCAGCUCCUCCUCAAGAAUAUAACCCAAUCGAGAUAAAACUAUCCGCAUGUAAUCCGCCUGUGUAUGAUAUUGUAUGUGUUUCUAUGGCAUUGUUUGUACAUUAAGCUAACUACGAUACUACAUUUACGUCUUCUA